GGCGGAAGGGGAAGCGGCGCCGCGGUGGGACUGCCCGGUACCGAGCAGGCGGCGGUGUGCCCUUGGGGGUGCGGCGGGAGGAGCGGGGCGCCGUCCGGGAGGGGAAGCGGCCCCGCGCGGGGGGUGCCAUGCCGGUUGCCGGGCGGCCGGAGCAGGCGCGGCGGGCGGUGACGGGCCCCACGCCUCUCGCAGGCCUCCCGCCAUGCCGAGCCCCCGGAGCAGCCGCGACCGGCGCGGCGGCGGCGGCCGCCCCGAGUUCCUGUCCCUGGUGAGCCAGCGCGGCCCCGGCGCCCCCGACAGCCCGGCGCGGCGGCGGGAGGCGGGCGGCCCCGCGGCGGCCGCGCUGCCCGAGGAGGACUGCAUGAAGCUGAACCCGUCCUUCGUGGGCAUCGCCCUCAGCUCCCUGCUCGCCAUCGACCUCUGGGCCUCCAAGCGCCUGGGGGUCUGCGCGGCCGAGGGCUCGGCCUGGGGCAGCGCGCGGCCCCUGAUGAAGGUCAUCGAGGUGUCGGGGCACGGCGUCCCCUGGCUGCUCGGCACCUGCUACGGGCUCUGCCAGAGCCACAGCUCUGCCGCCAGGGAGGUGCUGCUCAACCUGCUGUUCGCAUUGCUGCUGGAUCUCGUGCUGGUGGCAGUGGUGAAAGGGCUUGUCAAGCGGCAGCGGCCCACCCACAACAAGAUGGACAUGUUUGUCACCAUCUCGGUGGACAAGUACUCCUUCCCGUCCGGCCACGCCACCAGAGCUGCCCUGGUCUCCCGCUUCAUUCUACGUCACCUGGUGCUGGCCGUCCCGCUGCGGGUCCUCGUGGUGCUCUGGGCUCUCAUCGUCAGCAUUUCGAGGGUCAUGCUGGGCAGGCACAAUAUGACGGACGUGCUCUUUGGUUUGCUCCUGGGCUAUGCACUGUACAGCGUGGUGGAGUACUGCUGGCUGUCCCCACUCAACGCGCCUGCCCUCUUUGCGCUCUGGAGCCGUUGAUAGCUGACUCCCUCCCAAAGCUGGAGGCAUGUGCCUGGGUUUCUGAGCACGCACAGGGAGGGGAUACCGGGACUUGAACUCACAUCCUAGACCCCAUCUGUCCAGCCAAGACUUUGACACUAGCAGUGCUGCAGGCUCCUGUGCCUGCACUUAGGUGUUUGGUGCUGUCUUGCCUUCCUGAUGGGCUGUCAGGCAGGGCGUGCACUGGCCAAGCAGCAGCACUGACUGUUCCCCCAUGAAAAAAUACCAGUCCCUGCAGAGCCCAGGGGAGGCUCAGCACGUUCAUCCAGCAGCUCGCUGCUGAUGCUGUGAAUCUGCAUGUUCUUGCUGGACACCUGCUGCGUUGGCAUAUGAUGUAUGUGGUAGCUGUGGCUUUGCGGAGAUUUCUCUGCCAUAGCCCAUGUAUCUGUAUGCUGUAAAUCACUGUCACUGUGUUACUGUCGCAAACAUGCCCUGCACAAUCUGCUCCAUUAUGUCUGCCGGGAGGGUCUCUCUGGGGUCUGUCCUCAGGUUCAUAAAGAGCUCUGCCUUCCUAA